AUGUCCACCCAUAUGUCUGGUUUCAGCACUCAGCUACCACCCCAGACACCAGCACCACAAGUAUGCAAGAUACCCCACGACUCCUACCCACACAUUGUUGAAGCCGUCCUCGCGCACUCGGACUACAAGACCCUGCUCACUUUCCGCUCGACCUCCACCUCCCUCAACACUGCUGUCAAGCGCACAAUGAGUAAAGCAGGCCUCAAGAUUCUGCUGGAACAAGACUCAGGCGACAGCACAAUUGUACUCCGCAGUGGCGUCGGCACACUUCCCUUCGGCCGCCAGGACUGGGCGUCCGUGCUGGAACACUCUAAAGAUGUGCAGGUAGACGGGCGCUGCCUCUCCAGCCUGGCUUUCACCUCAGAUGCAGGGCUUCCCGGUACCCCGCUAGAUCAGCUCGCCGUGCCACCAAGGGAGAUGGAGCAACCAGUGCCUGGGGGGCUGAAGCUGCGCGAUGAUAAGGUGGCGUUGUGGUUGGCGCUCGACCACAUCCCUCGUUCCGCCAACGUUAAGAUCAUGCACACCGACGGGCACUCUCCACUCGAAUUCAUCCCUCCCGUGGCGCACUUGACGAUAGUGGUCAACCCAUCAUGCGCCUGCAUGUGCUUCAUCAAAUCCCGCAAUACGUUGACCCUGUCCCACACUGCCUCUCACCUGACCAUCGUCUUUCAUCCUAGCUGGGAUGUCGAAGUCGAAGACUCUGGGGGACUCGAGUCUUUCGCACUGGUGCGCUGCAACGUUUCCACAGUGCUUUUUCAGCCUACUGUCGAGCACCUGAUUCUCUCGGUCUCCUCGAUUUGGCAGGCUUCUUUUGCGCUGAGUAUGAUGGGGCGUAAGCAGUCACCGGAGAAUAAGCAUGUCACUGCCGAAAUUCGUAUCCGUAAAGAUCUCACAAAUAUUCAAGCGCAUCCUUGCCGCCAUCGUGAGGCAUUUGCCCGCUUUCUUGGUCUGCCUGUCGAACAGGUGCAAGUUGCGCUUGAUGAGACCGGAGAAGUGUAG